CUUCCCACGAGCUCUGGCACAAAUGUUGUUACUCACCCUGUAGAUGUGAUGUAUACACCACCAUGGAUGAGAAUAAAUCCAUAUAUUAUUGGAAUGGUUACAGGUUACAUUUUAAUAAAAUUGAAUAAUAAUGCGGUCUCGAGAAGGAAAGUUAUAAUCUUAUGUUGGUUCCUUGCUAGCCUUUGCAUCGUUUACGUAUUAUUUGUAAUAGUAAUUUACAAGCGACACGUAUCCAUUCUAGUUUCUGCUAUUUAUGUAGCACUACACAGAAUAUUUUGGGCAAUAGGUAUAACAGGGAUUGUGAUAGCGUGCUCUACUAAACACGGAGGUUGUUAUGGUUGCGGGAUAUAUUACAAUCAUUUUUCCUUGCUCUUACGUGUUGUCUGUGAUGGUGGAGAGACCAUGUAUUUCAUUAAUUAAUGAGCUUACUGUUGGGGAUUAUCAAUCGGCGCCCUGUCGGAUAAUCUCCUCACACAAUAAUCGGGCGCGUUCAAGUCAACAGUUUUAGG